GCUGCAGGAAGCAUGAAGAAGGGAAAAGAGUGCAAACGGGACGCGGUCUUCUCACUCUUUUAGCCGUUUCCUGAGGACGAGCAGCCUUAUGGCUCCUCUCGGGGCCACUUUUUCUUCCUCCUUCCACUCCUGAGAGUCGCCUUGUGAAGAAAAUCCGCAGCGCCGAGCUUGAACCCGGGCUGUUUUUUCCCCCCUCUUCCCCACUGUGCGUAAUCCCUCUCCAGGAUCGAAGAGAAGGCGACAUCACCACGACGCGAGGACGAGGCGCCGAGACGGAUAAAACCGACUGGGGGGGCAAAAUGAGAGCCGUGUUGGAGAUCUGCUUGGUUUUCCUCACGCUGCGCACCCCCGGCGUGCUGUCCCUGUCCACACAUGUAGCAGUAAUCUACCCCCAGGACCCCGUCCUUCGCAUGGGGUCCAACCUGACCGCCAGCUGCUGGGUCCACUCCGACCUCGGUGUCCACGCCAGCUCUCUGUUCUGGACUCUGAACGGUCAGCAGCUGCCCAGCUCCCUGUACCGAGUGCUGAGCCCGACCAACCUCAGCGUGACGCUGGCCGGACUCAACGCCUCCAGGCAAACGUCCGGCGACAACCUGGUCUGUCACAACCACAAGGGGCACAUCUUGGCGGGCUCCUGCCUCUACGUCGGGAUGCCUCCAGAGAAGCCGGUCAAUCUGACCUGCUGGUCCAGGAACACCAAAGACCUGACUUGCAGCUGGGCUCCAGGAGGGAAAGGAGAGACCAACAUUAGCACACAGUACACACUCAAGUACAAACUCAGGUGGUACGGUAAGGAGAAGGAGUGUGAGGAUUACACUCACUCGCAGCCUUACUCCUGCAGCAUCACACGGGACCUGCACCUCUUCACGCCCUACGAGAUCUGGGUGGAGGCCUCCAACCAGCUGGGCAGGGCCACCUCUGAUGUCAUCACUCUCGACAUCCUAGACGUGGUGACCACGGACCCGCCAUCAGGUGUGACCGUCAGUCGGGUCGGGCAGUUGGAGGACCAGCUAAGUGUUCGCUGGGAGGCCCCGCCCGCCCUCAAAGACUUCCUGUUUCAGGCCAAAUACCAGAUCCGCUACAGGCUGGAGGACAGCCAAGACUGGAAGGUGAUGGAUGACGUUGGGAAUCAGACGUCUUGCAGACUGGCUGGACUGAGACCUGGAACCGUCUACUUUGUUCAGGUUCGCUGUAACCCUGUGGGCAUCUACGGCUCUCGGAAAGCCGGGAUCUGGAGCGAGUGGAGCCAUCCUACCGCAGCAUCCACACCCCACAGUGAGCGCUUGAUGUCGGGCUCCUGUGACUCAAAGUCCAGUGGGGACUCCAACUCCACCCUGCGCAGGGAGCUGAAGCAGUUCUUCGGCUGGGUGCGGAAACACGCCUACGGCUGCAGCAGCAUGUCCAUGAAGCUGUACGACCAGUGGAGGGUGCUGAUGCAGAAAUCCCACAAAGCUCGCAACCAGGUAGGUUCUCCAAGGGGAUAAAUCGUAGCACACGCUGCCUUUACAAGCAGAGAACCAGUCGAGGAAAGAACCGAGUGAGUGUGUUUUUGUCUGUGUGUGUGUGAGAGAAAGACAGAUUGUAUUCUUAUACGGGAAUUAUAAGACAUUUUGCUCGGGACAUUUUGUGCGAAUACCAGCCGUGGCUGUGAGAGGACAUCCGAGAAGCUGUGGGAUUUUCCUCAUUUAUUCAUCCUUCCCAGUCGACGCGGUGCGACCAGGAGGGGCCGAGAAGGUGGACUCUCCACGGACGUCUUGGUAUCAUCCUGGGCUGUUCUGCUUCCUCAGAGGACGUUGUAGCAUGAAUAACUCGGGCAUCAGAAAAGACGUUGACAUGUACCUGCUCUAAAGGUGAUCCAAACAGAUUCGAGCACGCUAGAAGUGUUGAGCAAGCAUCCAAAAGUAUUCUGUGGCCCUUUUUUUCCUUUCCUGUGGAUCCAAAGCACCAUCUAGUGGCCGUUCAGCGUCCAUGAACACUCCAAAGCCUCCAGUGUGGCCCUGAUGUAAAAAGUCCCAAAUUAUCUCUCAGUAUUCCUAAUUCAUGCUUGGUUAUGUAAGUGGAUAAGUGCCAAACUGGUUCACCCAGCGUUCACGUGUUUCCGAGCGACAGUAUGUGACUGAUGACACGAUGGUGUUUGUGUAAUGGAGACGUUUCACUGCCUUUAUUUUUGUACUGAAUUGUACCAGCAUAUUUAAAACUGUAUAAAGUUAUGUUUUAUUUCUAAGUUAUGUUUAGUUAGUAAAGAAAUAUCAAUGACUGAAGUUGUUUAUCUAUCUCUGAUGUUGUUCUAUAAAAGUGUUGUCAGAAACACGGGGUUUUGUAAAUGAGUUGUGCUACAGUAACAAAGCGAACACGACGAUAAACACACCUCUGCUCCUCCUGUUGUCUUUUACAUCCACUGUUCCCCUGUUGCUCUGCAGAGUGAGGCUUACUGCUCGACACGUUUCCUGCAGGGAUUU